UGAAUUGUGCAGUGAGUCAGGUGCUUUAUGGAAUCGAAAACGACGUCAAAGUCAGGUCAAAGCCAGAAACAGAGAAAUAAACAGAAACAGCUGUGGCUGAACUUGCGAAUGUGCGGGCUACUGAAACAAUCAUUGCGGUUAUACAUGAGAGGAGAGCUGUAUAAAAGGAACGCCUAGAACUAAAAUUUGAAUGUGAAAUUCACAUUUAAAGCUCACUUGCAAGCGAGAGAGCAGAGGAAACGGAAAAAGCGGAUAUUCGAAAAUGGAACACACUUGGGUUGCCCGCAAUGUCUACGACGCCCUGCCGCCAUUCGCCAUCGCCGCCGGCCACGAUUCGGACCAGGAUCCCAUCUAUGUGGGCCGCGCCUAUCACAAUGGCGACAUGCUGCCCGCCAAGGUGAUUCCCAACAAGCACCAGGCCUACGUUGCCUGGGGCGGCGAAGAGAUCGCCAAGCAUGACUACGAGGUACUCACGGGCCACCAUUAUUGCUGGAUUCCGGCCAGCAACGGCGAGGUGCCGCCACAUGCGCUGCGCGUCGGCCAGACCUCGGAUGGCGAGUCGCUGUUCGUGGGCCGCGGUUACUUCCAGGGCAGCUUGACACCUGGCAAGGUGCAUCCCUCCCACGGAUGCCUCUACAUACCGUAUGGCGGCGCCGAGCAUAGGCUGGAGGCUUACGAGGUGCUCGUUCAGCCCGAGACCUGGGUCAAUUCAUCCGGCAGCAACAUCGUGCCCGGCACCAUUCUGGCAGGUCACGACGCCGAUGGCGAUGCAAUCUAUGUGGGCCGCGCCUAUCACGAGGGCGACCUGCUGCCUGCCAAGGUGAUACCCAACAAGGGCUGCGCCUACGUGCCGUACGGCGGACAGGAGCACGUGAAGUACGAUUUCGAGCUGCUCGCUGGCUACGGCUACGGCUGGGUGCCCGACUCCUUCGGCAAUGUGCCCGGCGGUGCCGUCAUCUGUGGACGCACCAGCGACGGCGAGCCCUUGUACAUAGGCCGUGGCCACUACAACGGCAGCUUUACACCUGGCAAAAUCCAUCAGUCGCAUCGCUGCCUUUACAUACCGUUCGGUGGACAGGAGGUGCGCCUCGAUAACUACGAAGUGCUCGUUCGCUCCUAGACUGAUACCAAACUCCAAACAAUAAUCUGAAAAUUCAUUAAUUUUUUACAAAACAAAAAAAAACAUUUUUGAUAAUCAAUUAAAUUAUUUGUAUUUCAUCAGUCACUAAACAAUUAUGAAAUGUAUGCUAUAAAAUCACUCAAAAUAAAUAAAAACUAUAAAA